AGUGCUAUGAUGGAGGCGGAGAUUCGCUCUUCUUCUUCACGGCAAAUAUUUGUGAAGAGCUUCGAGCCAAGUGGAGCCUUAAAGGUGUUCUGCGCGUUUGUGUUUCCGUUUGUUUCUCUACUCCUUUGCUGUGCGCCCUCCCCCUCCCCUGCGUGUCAGCCCUGAAUGGUCGUCGUACCUACUCCGUUUUUAUUCCUCCUGUGUUUUUAACGAGGCCGUUGCGAUGAGAAAGGUACGGCAAAACUGCAGACGCAUGAGGUCAAGCGGUUGUGCCCACAAACGGACACUUCUCUUGUGCCUCCUUUUCAAUUUCUACUAGCCUUGCCAUCUUUCGUCGUCUUCGGGGUUUACGUUGAUCGAGCUCAAUUUUUUUAUUUCAAGCAAUAAUUUUUAAAAUGUCUUUUGGCUACUUCGCUCUAUUUCUCGACCACCAUCUAUUAACAUCCAUUUUAUUUCUCUCAUUUCCCCCUUCAAUAUCUCUCCUUAACGGUGACAUUAUUCCGCUUUUUCCUACGUCUUUGUUGCCACUCACGAUCUGUGUGUUACGGACUCGGUGCGACGGUAUGAAACGUCCCUGAAUAUAUGUUUGCUCCCUUCUUAUUUUUCUUUCUCUUUUGCUUUGUUCUCCAUGUUUCGCAAUCGAGUGUUUUGAUGUGCUUUUUGCGGCAAUUGCGCAGACACAAGCUGACCAAGAGCUGCAAAUGCUUCUCAGCGUCGCUUAAGAUCCGACAAGCAUGAGAGGACUCCAUUCAUUCACCGUAGCCUUCAAUCAAAUGAAGCUGUAGGUGGGUGUUUUGUGUGUCAAGUGGGGAACUUUCCUUUUGCUUUACAGAAAAGAAAAGAAAUGGUUGAACAUGGCUUUGUAUGAAAACUGCUCGGUGAGUUUUCUUCGGCAGCUUCACGUGCCCGCUGUCUCUUCGUAAACUGGCAAACUUCCCACGCUGCAACGCCUUUCAUUUUCUCACCACUCUAUUCUACCACCUCUCAAACUUUGUCGUGGAGCAGCUGCGCGUGUAGGAGACCGAGGCACACUUAUACAAACUCUCUUUGCUUUCUCUUCGCUUUUCUUCACAUCCCAAGUGUUGCCUUCGUCGUGGUUCAUCGAGGUGAAAAGGCAGGAGGAGAAACUGCGGUUUUCCCAUUUACUCUUUCCUUUUUCUCUCUCUCUUGCUGUAGGCGUUCAAUGCGCACACACAUAAAUAUAUAAACAAUUCCGUUUCACACGCGACUGCUUUUAGUAGAUGCGCGCGCUUUGCGACGCUAGACUUGCUGUUGCUUUACCUAUUCUGCAUUUCUCUUCCCUUUGUUUCUGUUCUGUAUAUUAAAUUCACCGCUGAGCUUUUGUCUCGCUUCCUCCGAGUUUUUUCUUUUCUUCUGUUCUUUUCUUUUCUAGCUGACAUUUAGCAGAGUCGACCCCGCCUUCCCUUCCGCGUCUCUCCACGUUUCAUCCGAGGACGAAGAGGAUUGUUGUGGACGGCAAAAUAAAAAUGCUGCCGUUGUCGACGCAGGAGAGCGCGGAGGCGGACAACGCGUCCAUGUCCUCCUCCACGCCCACGACCGCCCACGCCCCACCGCCGUCGCGGAAAGGCAGCCUUGACAACGAGACGAGCGCGACGAAGGUGUUCGUGCGUGUCCGGCCGUUUAGCGCGGCCGAGCGCAGGCAGAGCGGCAGCGGCGACCCUCCCGCCAUCGUCACGGUGAGCGAUGAGAAUCCAUGCCACAUCACCACCUUGGAUCCGAGUAAGCAGUACACGCCCAAGUCGACCUACGUCUUUGACCGGUGCUUCAACAGUGCCGCCGCGAAGCCCGCCGCCGGCGAUGACGCACAGCUGCUGCUGCCGGGGGACGGUACAGACGGCUCGGCGGUAGUGUUGUCGACGCUGGAGGACGUGGCGGCCGAGGCGCUGCUGAACCCGCUGCAGCUGGACUGCCUAUCACACGACCAGGCUGCCGUGUACGGCUAUGUGGGCAGGCCGGUGCUGAUGAACGCGCUUGCCGGCUACAACGGCUGCGUCUUUGCGUAUGGACAGACGGGCAGCGGCAAAACCUACACGAUGAUGGGGCCGCCCGGAACGUUUGGCGCGGUCGUGACGAGCGCUACUCCGGCAUCGCUGUCGGCGGCCAUCUCGAAUGUCGCGCAGGUGAGCGGUGGCACCUCCGCUGCGUCACCGACGAGCAAAAAAUUUCGCCGCGCCGCGACGGGCUACGCGGGGUCGCAGCGCACCGCGCCGGACACCACCAUCGUCACCAGCGGCAUCGACGACGCCGGCGACGCCCGCUUCCAGUCCUACGCCUCCAUGGUGCCCCGCAUGAGCGCCACCGCCCAGCGCACACCGCGCGUGACAGACGUGUCGUCACCGCUAGGCAGCGACGUCACACCGCGUGGGGAUAAAACACCCAAAGGUGGUGCCGUUGGUGAAGGAGCAAAGGGCACGACCGGCAUGGAAGGCGAUGAGAGGCUGCGGGGCAUCCUGCCGCGGCUGGUGCGGGACCUCUUCGACGAGCUGCACCUGAAACGGGAGCGCGACAGCAGCCACUCCUUCCGUGUCGAGGUGGAGUACUACGAGAUUUACCGCGAGAAGGUGAUGGACCUGCUGAGCAGCCACUCCGUCAGUGCAAACAUCGAGCUGCGCGUGCGGCAGAGCAAGACGAACGGACCCUACGUGGAAAACUUGAAGAAGAAGCACGUGGAAGAUGCGCGGCAGGUGUUCCGUCUGCUGCGGCAGGGCAACCUGCGCCGGCACACCGCCUCCACCGCGAUGAACGACCGCAGCAGCCGCAGUCACGCCAUCUUUGUGCUGCACCUCGUGCAGAUGCGCAUCGCCGAUCAGGACAGCAGCUCGUCCAAGGUGACAAGCAAGGUCAACUUAGUCGACCUGGCCGGCUCGGAGAGGACGGGCGCCCACAACGCCGAGGGCGAUCAGUUCAAAGAGGGCGUCGUCAUCAACAUCUCGUUGACGGUGCUAGGUCGCGUGGUGGACGCGCUGGCCGACAAGUCGCAGGGCAAGCGCAACGUCUUCUGCCCUUACCGCGACUCGGUGCUCACCUGGCUGCUGAUGGACUCCCUGGGCGGCAACAGCAAGACCACCAUGGUCGCCACAGUGUCCCCGCAUUGCACGAACUUCGAGGAGGCCUGCCAGACGCUGCGCUACGCCAGUCGAGCGAAGCAGAUUGUGACAAAGGUGGUGGUGAACGAGGACCCGCAGGUGCGGCAGAUCAAGGCACUCACGGCGGAGGUGCAGCGGCUGAAGGCGUUGCUCGUUGCAGAGGGCAAAGCCCCCGACAACGACGAGGAUGUCGAGGCGCUGCAGGACCGCAUUCACUCCCUGGAGCAGGAGCUGAGCGACACCCGUGCCGAGCUCGAUGAGAAGGCGGUGGAGCUCUCCAGCCUGCAGGCGCUUCGCCGCGUCACCUCCACGCUGCCUUCGACACUGAAGGCCGGCAACGCCGGGGCGGCCGGGGCAGCGAAGGAGCUGUCCAAGGCGAAGUCGGAUGUCCGCCGGUUGGAGGCGGAGAACCUGCUGCAUCUGCAGACGGAGGAGGAACUGCAUCGCACAAUGGUGCGAGUCAAGGCAGUCGAGUCCAAGAACACGCAGCUCCUCGCCGAUCUCAAAGAGUCGCAGGAGUCCACCAAAAAGCUGGAGAAGGAGAGGCAAGACCGAGACAAGCGCAUCAUUGAGCUUCAGCAGCAACUGUUCCAGGAGCGGGCGAAGGCAGAGGAGUCGUCGAUGACGGCAAGCUCGCCGUUACUGUCGCCGUGCGGGGGCUCGGGGCACGUCGGCGGCGGUGCCACCUACGGCGUGGCGGCAGCAAGUCUGUCAUCGUCUGAGAAGCACGCAGCCCACAAGGCGGCUGUGGGGAAAAAGGUCAGUAAGAAGUUGAAAGGCGGCGCCACGGCUCUGGAUGCGACGGCGGCCUCGGCAGACAGCGCAGAGGCCGCCUGGGUGGCGGCGAAGGCGCGGCUGUGUGCGCAGUUCAACGAGGAGAAGAAGAUGCUAAAUUUGCAGGUGCAGGAGCGCAGCGACGCCUUUCGCAAGAGUCAGCUGGACGUGAAGAAGCUCAAGGAGGAACUGAAGGGUGCGCAGGAUACGCUGCAGACAUUGGAGAAGCAGCUGAACGAUCACCACGCCGACGCGAUGCGACGUCUGCAGGAGGAGAUGCAGGUGCUGCGGCGUACGUUGAAAGACGAGCGGAAGGGCAACAAAGACGUUCGGCAGUGGAUGAACGGGCCGGUGGAGGAGCGUCCCACCUUCUCUUUUACUUCCAUCUCGGACGUGCUCAUGGCACACGAACGCACCGGACGUAGCGCCGUGGUGGCCGACGAAAAGGCCGCACGCACUUCGGUUGAACAAGCAGUGCAAUUCUCAAAGGAGGAAGCGGAAAGAGAGAUGCGCAUGAAGACAGCCUAUGCGGCGCAGCUGGCAGACCUGCAGUCAACAGCCGACGGCCAAGCCAAAGCGCUGGCGGAUUUGCUGGCACGACACGGCGAGCUUCAGGCUGCGCACGCAAUGCUGAAGGAAGUCGCCGACGAACAUGUCGCUGCGUCGGCACGCCUGAAAGCACAGUUGGAGGGUAUGGCGGCAUCCAACAACGAAGCCGCUGAGACCUAUCGCCAAGAAAUUGCAAAGCUGCAGGAGCAAGUAGACGCCGUUCGCAAACUUGCCGCGGAACAACAGGAGAUUGCUGCUGCGCAACUACGGCAGGAGCGGAGCAUCAGAAACGAGGUCACGGUACUGAGUGAGCAACUGCAGCGAGAAAAGGAGGGUUUUGUUGCCGCCGCAGUCGAGCAUGCACGUCAAUUAACAGACAAGGACUCCGCACUAGCAGCUGCAGCAUCAGCCGUCACCACGCUGGAAACGGCGCACGCACAGCAACUGGAGGAGCAGAAAGCUGAACAUGCAGCGCAGGUGUCCGGGUUGGAAGCCAAAGAGAGGCAGCUGGUGGAUCAACUGAGCCGAGUUCUCGUCGAACUGCACCACGAAAAAGAGACCCACAAAGCCGAAACGCAGCACAGCAUCGAGCAGGCCAAGCAGCAGGAAGAGGCGUUGGCAGCCCUGCAAGUCGAGCUCGAUGACGCAAUGAAGUCGAGCGCACGUGCCGACGAGGCCACUGCCAACGCUGCAGCGCUGCAACAGCAUGUUGACGAGCUGCUGCGAACACUCGAUGCUCACACCGCCAGCAGCGACGACACCGCGCGCCACCUCACCGCGCAGCUCACCGCCGCACGUGCGGACUGCAGCAAGGCAGAGGAGGCACGGCAGGAUCUGCUGGAACGCGCGAGGGAGCAGGCAGCCGCCUACGCGGAGCAGUUGCAAGCGAUGCGCGAGGAGGUCGCGGCGGAAAGGGCUGCAAAGGCCUCUGCAGGGGAGGAGUCCGCCGUCGCCAUGCAACGUGUUACCACGCAGUUGUUGAGCCAACAGCAGCAGGGUGAAGAAAUGCGUGCGUCACUGAGCGAUCAAAUCGCUGAGUUGGAGGCGCAGCGGACCACGCUGGAGGAGACGCUGCAGUGCGUAAAGCGCCGCGGGGCGGAGGAGAGCGCCGCCCACGCAGCCGAGCUGGAAGCCCUGCGCCAAGAACUCGAGGAGGAAAGGGCAGCGCACGACGUACUCACCACGGCGCACGCAGAGGAGAUGCGGAUGCUGCGUGAGGAAGGCGCGCGCAACGAGCGGGCGGCCCAGGCCAACGCGGAGAAACUGACAGAGCAGCUCCACGCACACGCUGCAGCGCUAGAGACGGCGAACACCCAACACGCCCAAUCCUCUGCGGAGUUCGCGCAGAAGUUGGAGGUGUCACGCACGGAGCUGCAGCGCUCCGAGGUGGCGCGCCGGCACCAAAUUGAGCGCGCGCUGGAGCAGGCGGGCGAGCACACGAAGGCGAUGGAGGAAGUGCGCGCACAGCUGACAACCGCACAGGUCGACGCGGCGGCGGACGCGGCUGUGCACGAGCAGCGGGUACGUGAUGUGGAGAGCAGGCUCAGUGCGCAGCAGACGGAGGCGGCAAAAGCGACGGCGGAGCUUCAACGUCAGCUGGAGGAGGUGCAGGCCUUCCUGCGGCAGGCGCAGUCGAGCAGCAGUCAGACAAUCGCCUCACUGGAAGCCCAGCUGGACGGCCUCCACGAAGCGCUGCAAAAAUCGGAGGAGGCUCGCAAGACGCACGUCCAGCGCAGCGUCGAGCAGGCGUCCGCGCACGCGCAGAGGGAGAAGGAGUUGACCGACAAGCUGGCAGCAGCCGCAGCGUACCAAGAGACCCACGCAAAAGAAGUCGCUGCGCUUCAGCAAGAGUACCAAACCAAAGAGGGCGACCUGACAGCACAGGUGAACGCCCUCCACGGAAAGCUGCGAGCGCACGAGGAACUCACCCGGACACAGCUGAAGGAGAAGGAAAGCGAACUGGCGACGGUGAAGGACGAACUCAAACACACGCAGGAUGACCUGGCCAAGUCGGAGCAGGCGCGGAGGACGGCCGUUCAGUCGUCUCUUGCAGAGGCCAACGAGCACAGCGAAACCCUUGCUGUUGUACAGCGUCAACUUCAAAGAGAGCGCGAAGAAGCUGCCGACGCUGCUGCAACCUUCACGAAGCAGCUCCAAGACGCAGAGCACAGGCUCGAGCAGACGACGGCGGCGGCGGACGCCACGGCGGCGGCGCUUCACAAGGAGCUGGACAUUCAACGACAAACCGCGGCUGCGCAGGCGGUCGAACACGCGCAGUCAACGAGCGCGCUAGAAGCGCAGCUGGCAGCGGCGCAGACGGCGGCACAAAACAUCGCUAAGGCACGCGAGAGGGAGCAGGAGCGCGUUGCCAGCGAGUCCGCAGCGCACGCAACCGUCAUGAAGGCUCUGCAGGCGCAACUCGCGGAGGCGGAUCGAGUACGGGCGGCAUCCGACACCGCACACGAGGCGAUAGUGCACCGCAUGAAGUCAGACAUGGCAAAGGAGGCCGACAAAGCUGCUGCGGCGGUGGCGAAGCUGCAGGAGGAACUGCGCGAUUUACAAGCGCAGCUGGAGCUCUCCACGCAGGCCCGCGAGGCGCAGGCGGAGGAGGCUAUGAAGCAGGCCGAAGCGCACUCGAAGUCGUUGCAGGCGAUGCAGGACAUGUUUGAAUCGAGCCACAAGAAGCAGGUGGCCGCGGUGAAGAAAAGCUACGCGGACCAUCUUGCGUCUCUCGAGGCGCAGCUGGCGUACCAGACUACAUCGGCGCGAUCGCUCCGCGACGAUCUGCAAGACACGCGGAACCAAAUGAAGCACAUGGUGGAGACGCAAGAUUACCUGCGAAUGCACCUGGAGAACGAGAAGCAGACUACCACUGAGCUGCGGCUUCGCCAGGAGAGUACGGAGAGGGCACGCGCCGCGUCUGCAGCAGAGGCGGCGCAGCUUCAGAAGGAUCUAACAAAGACCACAACCUUCGCCGCGCAGCUGACGCAGGAAGUAGCGAAGCUGUCCCGUGAGCUGCAGGAAGCGCGUGAGGUGUCCAGCUCCACACAGCAGCAGUUGGCCACACAAGAGAGCGUGGCCGUCGAACAGGAGCAGCGCAUUGGGCAGCAGACAGCACAGCUGGAAUCAGCGCAGGCAACCAUUGAUGGUCUCCGCGGCGAAAUAAACGAGCUCCAGACCCAAAAGGCAGAGCUGCAGAAGGCGCAGGAGGCGUUGAUGGAGCGUCAGCGCGAGCAGCUCGUCACCCAACAGGUGGACACCGUGACGGAGCUCGAGGCACAGUUCCGCGCCAUGGAGAAGGAGCGGCGCGCGCUGGAGCACAACGCCCGCCAAACUGAAGAGGCACUUCGCGCUACGAUUGACAAGCAGUCGAAGGAACUCCGGCAAAUGCGAGAGGAUCUCGACUUCAACGUGAGCAUGAAUCAAUUUGAGUCCUCCGGCGGUGGCGGGGCGUUGGGUCAGGGUGCUGGCGUGGGUGGCACCGGCGGCAGCGGUGUCCCCCCCUUGCCCGGCGGCGCAGCCGUUGCGAACAAGACGGUGUCGAACGGCAGUUUCGCCAGCCGCUCCGCCUCCCCGGCUGUCGGCAGCACCGCGGCGGGUGGCGUCACCGGCAUGUUGAGCUCUUUCUUCCGCCGCACCGCCACGGGGGCCGCACCGCUGCCCACCACCGUCGGCGCCGGCGCCCCGCAUGGCCCCUCGCAGGCGGUGCGGCGCCACAGUUCCGUCCUGCACGCCCGCAGCGGCGGCGGUGGGGAGCCACGCCCGGGUGCGACAACACCGGUGCGUCGCGGCAGCAACCUGUACACCACCGCCUCCUUCCGGCCGCCAUCAACACCGCUGUUUUUUGCGAAAGUGGAGGCGAGUGGCAGCCGUGCCAGUGCGGGGUUGUUCUCGCGGACGGCGUCGAAAGCUUCGGUGGGUUUCAACCUCGGUGACUCCGAGUCGACGUCCUGGCAGGGCCCGUCGGCGAGUCACGCACCAAGCAGCCUUCUGCCAGCGGAGUGA